CCUAAUUAGUUGGUAGCUAGAUCGAGUUGCACAUGCUGCUUUAAUAUUCGCGCUCGCUCAGUUGGUCCAUCCAUUGAUCGAUCGAUCGAUCAAUCGAGCUUAGCCGCCGCGGCCAUGUCGAAGGCGUUCACCAAGUCUCUCCUCGUGCACUUCAACAAGAUCGUCAGGAGGCUCAGACCCUUCGUCGUCCAUGCGCAUCCGCCGUCGGCCGCCGAGAGGGCGAAGCCGUACGUCAGGCGGCCGUCCACGACGUCGACGGACGAGCAGCUGCUGCCGGCGCCGGACACGACGACGGAUGUCACCCUGUGCAAGGUGGAGGGCGGCCUGCUCAUGUCGCCGUCGGUCUUCCCGUACUUCAUGCUCGUCGCACUGGAGGCCGGCGGCCUCGUCCGCGGCCUGCUGCUGCUGCUGCUCUACCCCGUGCUGCUCCUGCUCGGCCAUGACCGGGCGGUCAAGGUCAUGGUCAUGGUGAGCUUCGCCGGCCUCAGGAAGGACGGGUUCCGGCUGGGCAGAGCGGUGAUGCCCAAGCUCUUCCUGGAGGACGUCAGCGCCGAGGUCUUCGAGGCGGCGGCGGCGCCGGGAGCGCGGCGCCGGAGGAGGGUGGUGUGCGUGAGCGCCAUGCCGAGGGAGAUGGUGGAGCCGUUCUUGGUGGAGUACCUCGGCGUCGACGCCGUCGUCGCGCCGGAGCUGAGGGUGUACAGGGGGUACUACCUUGGCCUCACGCAGGCCGACGGCGAGGUGUUGCAGAGGCUGGACAUGGAAGAGGUGAUCGGGUUGAAGGAGCGCCACGGCGGCGAUGGCCAGCUCUUCGUCGCCGGCAUCGCCGGACUUGGGAGCUCGUUCCAUCAGCUCUUCCGAAACUAUUGCAAGGAGGUGUACGUGGCAACGGAGUCGGCGAGGCGGCGGCGGCGGCGUCCCCUCCAUCCACGGUGGUACUCGAAGCCGCUCAUCUUCCACGACGGCCGCAUCGCCUUCCGCCCGACGGCGUCCGCGACGCUCGCCAUGUUCAUGUGGAUGCCGCUGGCCGCGCCCCUCGCCGUCCUCCGCACCGUCAUCUUCCUCCUCCUCCCCUUCUCCCUCUCCGUCCAGAUCCUCGGCGCGCUCGGCAUGCACUGCCGCUACAUCGCCGCGUCGUCGCUGUCGGCGGCGAGGGCCUUCGACCUCUUCGUCUGCAACCACCGCUGCCUGCUCGACCCGCUCUACGUCUCCGCCGUCUCCGGCCGCGCCGACCUCGCCGCCGCCACCUACAGCAUCAGCCGCCUCUCCGAGAUCCUCGCGCCCAUCCGCACCUUCCGCCUCACCCGCGACCGCGCUGCCGACCGCGCCGCCAUGCAGGCCCAUCUCUCCCGCCGCCCCGGCGCUCACCGCGGCGGCGGCGGAGGGCUGGUGGUGUGCCCCGAGGGGACCACCUGCCGCGAGCCGUUCCUGCUGCGGUUCAGCCCGCUGUUCACGGAGCUCGGCGCCGACGUGCAGCCGGUGGCGCUCUACUCCGAGGUGGCCAUGUUCCACGGCACGACGGCCGGGGGGUGGAAGCUCCUCGAUCCCUUCUUCCUCCUCAUGAACCCCUCGCCGGCCUACGUCCUCCAAUUCCUGGACCCCGUCGCCGAGGCCGAGCGCGGCGGCGGCGGCCCGGAGGUGGCGAACGAGGUGCAGCGCCGGAUCGCGGCGGCGCUGGGGUACACCUGCACGGCGCUGACGAGGAGGGACAAGUACCUCGUGCUCGCCGGCAACGAUGGCGUCGUCGCCAGCAAGAGCAGUUAAUUAAUUAAUCACCAAGUAAUUAAUGCACUAGUUAAUUAUUACUGUGUACACGAGUGUGUGAUUAAGUAGUUAAGUACGUGUCAGUGUCUGUGACUGGAUUGUAAUUAGGACGCAAGUUAUUAAUAAUAAGGUUUGCAAAAGGCAUGCCGGUUGUUAAGAGAUGUUUGCUUGUCCAUCGCCAUGUACAAACGUGUCCGUAUAUACGUACGGGAUCUGGCAAAAAAUGAAGAGUAAUUAUGUUGAA